AUGGAUAAAUUGUAAUAAUUAAUUUAAGAGUUCUUCAAUGUUUUAGAAUAGAAUUUUUUUCUUUCUAGAGAGUUCAAUAAGAUUUUUAUAUCUCAAGAGAAUGCUAAAUAAAUUGCAUAAGAAAAAAAAUAUUAAGAACUGACAAUUAAAUUAUUAGAGUUUAUUUUAUCUAUUCAUAAAAGCAACUAACACUCUGCAUUAUAAGAUAGAAUUGCUUAAACUUAAAAACUACUAUUAAAUUACCAUAGUUAAAUCAAUCAAUCAUAAAAAAAGGAAAUAUAACCAUUAAAUUAAAAUCUUGAUAUUCCUACAGUCAGCAAUUAUAAAAGUAAUCCAGUCACUCCUAGAGGUGUGUAAAUCAAUUAAAGUAAAAGUGUUUAAAACUUACAUGGACCUGAGAAAAGACAAAAGUCUAAUUAGAACCCAGUUUAGGGAAUGUCAAAAGGAACCCCAAAUAGUUCAUCCUAAUAGAGGUUUUUUAUCGAAGAUAUUCCUAAAAUGGGUAAAUCUCAGGUAAAAGAUGAUUAAUAAAGGAAUUAUAAUAUUAUUACUGGUUUGUGA